AUGAUCAAGGUUGGAAUCGUUAUCAAUUUUUUGAAAUUGUCCCCAAAAACACAACCAGUUCUUUAUAUUUCCAUCAAAACUAACCUUUCUUCUGAAGCAGCAGCUAUAGUUCGCAAUGUCAUCACUUGUCCUGACAAAGACGAUCCUUACAAGCAAUUAAAAGUGGAACUUGUAAAAAGAUGCGGUGAAUCGAAAUCUCAAAUUAGAUGUCUUCUUGCCGGCGAACAGUUAGGUGACCGAAAGCCUACUGAUUUACUACGAGUUACGCAAAGGCCUGUCGAAAACCAUCAAAUUUCAGAUACUCUUCUUCUGGAAUUAUUUUUACAACAACUGCCCCAAACCGUCCAGUCUAUACUUCUAGCAAUUAGUCCUCUAAAUGCCACUAAAGCUGCUGAAAUUGAGAAUAGAAUCAUGGAAGCUACGCCACCCGAGGUAAGCAACAUUUCAAACUCUAAUUCCUGUGCAAAUGUAAAUAAUACCUCUCAGUCCGAAUUUCUUGAAGAAAUUAAAGCACUUCGCGAAAAAGUUGCUUCUUUACGCCGAUCAAGAAGUGCCAGUCGCGGACCGAGAAAUAAUUCUCGUAAACGACUUUCGCUUUCUCGAAUGGUGUUUGUUGGUAUCAUCGGAAGUACGACUCCAAAACGCAUAAAUGCAUUUCGUCUUGCAAUUAUCAGCCAAACCACAACAACGGCAAGGAGUAGCAGCGACAUACGCCUCGCCCAGUAG